AUGCCAGGAAAGCACGUCCGCUUCGCAUUCGACGACUCCUAUUUUCCGGUUUCUGCCAUCCACAGUCCUUCGGGAUCCACUUCAACCUCGUCGUCCUCAGCGACCCGCCGCCAUGUUCCGCGUCGCUCGCACACUCUCUCCGCCGUCCCCACGGUGUCCCGGGUGAACCGCCUUCUGGAAUACUCUGACACUCCGGUGCUCAGCUACGACCUCUCGUUGCCAACGAGCACACUCAGAACGAAUCUGAUCAACCUCUCCUCGGCGGCCCUGUCGGAGCCGGCGACACAGCCGUCCCAGGCCCAGCUCACCGUGUCCUGCGCGCAUCUGCCGUGGGUGUUCACGCUCAAAGCAUCGAACGGGCGAUACGUGACCGUGAUGGACGUCUUGAACGGCUUGCACACCUCGCUCCGCGCGAACAUCACUACGGCCGAGUGGAACUUGCUCGACAACGACCGGUCGAUGCGCGCCGUGUCCGACGCGUACGUUCGCCGCUACUCGCGUCUCGCAGGUCACCGUGGGUACGCCGAAGAGAAGGCGGGCGGAGUCAAGCGCAUUGAUUUUUUGAUGGGCACCAACCAAUUCAGGGGGCUGGUUAUGGCCAAGGAUGGCCGGAGAUGGAUCUUGGAUGUUGGUCGGUGA